AACUGCAAGGGGGUUCUUGAUUAGGAACGCAGCGGACCCGUUGAUGCUGUUGUUCUAGCUAAGGACACAAUUUGAUAUUUAUUUAUCUUUCAGCCGGUGAUCUAUUCGGUGUAACGAUGGGCUCUUUCGCGCUGCCGAUGAUCUGUUUCACCACGUUAUGGGCGCUCGUUGGUAUUGUAGCACCCUUUUUCGUGCCCAAAGGACCAAACCGAGGGGUUGUCAUCACUAGUUUGAUCUUGACAGCUGUUUGUUGUUGGUUAUUCUGGCUGAUAGCCAUCCUAGCCCAGGCCAACCCUCUGUUUGGACCUCAGCUGAAGAACGAGACUAUCUGGUACCUCCGCUACUUCUGGGAGUAACACCAGGGUUGGGUUCUCUUUGAUGCUCCGUUGACCACAUAUCUUCAUUUCCUUCAUCCAUCCUGGACUGGAUUCUUUUACAACUUGACUCCUGAAACCCGUCUAUACCCUCCUCUUUACAUCCCCGGCUACAUUCCUC